ACCUCUCUUUUAGACAGAUCCGAUGUCUGACUUUAGUCAAAAAAACAAGUGUGUUCUUUGAAAAAAUAAAAAUACAGCAGAAGGGAAAGAUAAACUACUACAAAUGAAAACAAUAGUGCAAAAUUAUUGGUGAAAAAGAAAGGAACAGUGAACAGGCAAGAAACUACAGGCAAACGAUUCGAAAACAGGAACUACGUGACAGGAACAGUCUGUUAAUAUUUUGUUUUGCUUUGUUUAAAUUUUGUAUGCAGCAUUUCUCAUUCUUUUAUUCACAAGUCCCCGAGAUUUGCUUUUUUACUACAUUUUAUACUGUGUUUUAGAGGUCUGCACAUAAGUCUAUAUGGAAUUGAAAUGGGAAUAAUGCAGCCUGCACAGCACUAAAAUAUAAUUUAUUUAUUUCAGAUCCAUCACCUAAGCCUUCUUGGUAGCAAAACUCUGGGCGAUGCUGUAAAGAGAGUGCUGUGCACAGUUGCCACAAACAAUGUGUGGGCUCAGUACAGCAUGAAGGGUCGAAAGGGAAAGAAAAGCUUUGAAGACCUGGAAUUUUGCACCGUGAUCAUUUCUUGCUGCAGGAUGUAUCCAAAGGUGUCUCUUGAUUGCACUGCAGACACUGUAAAGUAUGCUCACAUAAGGGACAAGGGUGGAGAAUGGGAAGAGGACACCAGUACAUGGAUUUACCUUCACUGCCAGGCCUGCCAGGGAGAUCUGCCCCAGGAAGUGGUGCUGGACUGGUUGAAGAGACGCAUUCUGGAGGAACUAGGGCUUGACAAGCCCCCUGUGCCGACUCUACAGAGUCUAUCUGGACAGAGGGUGCAUGUGGCAGCACAGCACGGAGCUUGGCGAGUACGCAGGGAGGCUCGGCUGGACAGGAGGCAACAUCAGGAGAUUUCCCAAGUCAUUCUGUUCCCCAGAUCUGACAGGACCUGCCUGGACACAGUCUCAAUCUCUUCUGAGGACACUCCCAGCCACUUUACCUACUACUUCCAGCCAUCUCUGGACAAUCAGGAGUCCCUUAUCACCUCAGUGGACUUCUGGUUCUAUGCUGGAGAAAUCACUGCAGUAAAUACCACCUCUGUGUCACUUUAUAUUCUUACAACUCACCAGGAGCUAAUGCAGUUAGCUCACAGGCCAUCUAAAUGCAGCCCAGAUGGCUGGAGCACCUACAGACUUAAGCGCCACUUCCACAGUGCUAUAGCCAAUGGGCCAUUCCUGCUGCAGGUACGAUGCCUAGUAUGUGGCUGUUACGCCUCAGAGGAGGACAAAACCCCUUUCCUGCAUGUCCAUGUUAGGCCACAUGGGCCUGAGCGUGCCCGAAGAGCACCCAGCAUUGUCUGGUCACCAGCUGUCAUUGAGAAGCUCCAGAGGCCCUCACCUGAAAAAGAUGACACUUAUUGCAGGAGAGAGCAGAUAGAGAUCUCUUUUGCAGAGCUGGGCUGGGACAACUGGAUCGUCCACCCAAAGACUUUCAGCUUUUACUACUGCCAUGGGAACUGCUCAAGCCCUGAGUUCACAGCGACAGUUCUAGGUAUUCGCCAGUGCUGUGCACCUGUGCCUGAGAGCAUGAGGUCACUACGUUUCACCACCACCUCAGAUGGUGGAUUCUCAUUCAAAUAUGAGACACUGCCCAAUAUCAUACCUGAGGAGUGCAACUGCAUUUGAUGCAUUUGUUCAGGGUCAUGCAGUUGAACUUUCAAAAACUUGUAAUAUAAAUGCAUUUGUAAGAUAAAGUUUGAUGCAGUUUGAACUACAGAUACUUUUCAGAUCUGUUGUUUAUAGACCUGCUUUCAGUUUUUGAUAAUCACGUAACUUGGUUGCAAAACAUUUUAUUUUAAUUCAGUAAACUGCACCUGUGAGAAAAAAAGAUUGUAGUUUUGGAUUGUCAUUAAACACUGAUCUGCAUAAAGAAAACAAAUGUGGAGUGUUUACCUUGUUUCUACUAUAAAUGAUUUUGAACAGCAUUUUAAUUGCAUGAAAUGUGAUAUAUAAACUUAACAUGUAAAGGUUAAAAACCUAGAAGUAUCUAAUAUGUAAAGUGUAAAAUGUUAAAAAUACUGAAACAUGUUUUCUA